AUGACAAACGUUAUAACUCAGAUAGAAAACCUCUUCAAGAAUAUAAACGGCACUAAUAAGACCGACAUUGAAGAGAUUCUAAAGCAAAACAAUACUCUUGAUGACCCAGUGCAUUUUGACAUCAACAGAGCCAUUGUACUUAUACCCAGCUUUGGAAUACUUACUAUUAUAACAAUAUUUGCAAAUGUAUUUGUGUGUUAUGUCAUUGCUAAAAAUAGACACAUGCAUACCGUUACAAACCUGUUUAUAGCAAAUAUGGCUAUUUCCGAUCUUUUGUUAGCUUUCAUAAACGUGCCAUUAAAUAUUGCAAGAAAUCUAAUGAACGAGUGGACAUUGGGAUCAUUUUUGUGUCAUCUUUUCAACUAUUCUCUUAAAGUAUCGGUAUAUGUAUCGACUUUCACCUUAACAGCAAUUGCUUUAGACAGACAGCGGGUAUUAUUAUAUCCAUUACAUCCUCGAAUGACAAGAAAACGAGGAAUGUUUGUUUUGGCAUUCAUUUGGUUGUUAUCUAUCUGUUUUUCACUACCCUUUGGAAUUUAUACUAAUGUAAAAGAGAUCAAUAUGAUAACAUACAAAGUAAAGCGAUGUUGGUCAACCUACCCUAGUAAUAAAUGGGAACAGUAUUUAACAAUUGCUACUAUAUUGUUUCAGUACUUCAUUCCACUUAUAGUGAUAACAUGUACCUAUGGACGAAUUGUACAUAAACUCUGGAUAAGAACCCAUCUUGGAGUUGUUACUGAAAAUCAACGAUUAAUGCAAAUACAGGCUAAGAGGAAAAGUAUCAAACUUCUAGUCGCGGUAGUUGCCGUAUUUGCAAUAAGUUGGAUGCCAUUAAAUUUGUAUUAUAUUUUAGCUGACCACCAUCCAAAUACCAAAGUAUUUCAUCCCGAUACCAAUACAUUUUUUGUUUGUCACUGGAUUGCGAUUAGCAGUUCGUGUAUUAAUCCGUUUUUGUAUUGUUGGAUGAAUCCAGCAUUCAGUACAGUCAUUGCUAAACGUCUUCGAUGUCUAAAAUCAUUUACAGGCGGCCCUGAAAUAGAAAUUGAUGAAAUUGAUUCCACAGGAUUUAGAUUGCGAAGCAAUCGUCGGUUCGGAAAUUCAAGUAGAACGAUUUCUUCAUUUUCAGCAUCGGAUUCAAGAAGGUCAAGUUCAAAGACAUUUCGAGGAUUUGCUUAUAUGGUUUGA